AUGGAAGGUACUACUACACACAAUGGCUCUACAACGUUGUUGGGCGACGUAACAUUUCGUAUCGCAUCGGCACCAACAGUAGACACCAGCCUUUACGGUCUGUCUUCCGAACAAGCUGAAUUCUUCAAGGCGCAGACCGGUAUCGACGACGACGAAGACUUGAAGAGGCAUAUCCUGGAGGUGCAGGCGAAAGCAUAUCAGGUUGCACCAUAUCCAUGUAUUCGUUCAUUUGUUUUCCUUCGAAAUAUAACAUUCCUCAGGUUAAACUUAUCAAAUCUUUCUGUGUACGAACAUAUCCUUGAGCUUGGUCGCAAGCGCCCCGAUGCCUUGUUGCUCGACAUUGGCUGUUGCUUCGGUAUUGAUGGCAGAAAGGCUGCGGCGGACGGGUUUCCUGCCAAAAACAUCAUUGCAUCAGAUCUCUUCAACGAGUUUCUCCAACUAAGCCACGAACUUUUCAAAACGACACCAGCUUCUUAUCCCGGAUGCUUCCUCCCUGGAGAUGUCUUUGAUCCGGCAUUUCUCUCUAUAGCUGCGCCGACGGACGACGUCUCUCCGGCGCCAGCCAUAGAUUUGUCCUGUUUGAAAUCCCUGAACUCCCUUCAUGGUCGCAUUAGCGUAAUAAACGCUAUUUCAUUCUUCCACCUCUUCAGCGAGGAGAAACAAUUCCUCGUUGCCAAAGCUCUCGCUGGUCUGUUAUCCGCACAGCCAGGUUCCGUUAUUUGCGGUUACCAUGUAAAUAACAGUCUCCCGGGCUCCGAGUAUGGGUUGUUCGCUCAUUCUCCCAAAACUUGGACAUCUUUGUGGGACGGAGAGAUCUUCAAGAAGGGCAGUGUAAAGGUAGAAACAGAGUUGGUGGAAAUUGCGACUCGCGAUGUGCAAUUCUUCAUGAUGAAGUGGUCAGUGAUGAGAUUGUAG